GCGCGCGUGUAUAACACAAAAGAUGUGUAAUGUCAACAUGUCUGCCUCUCUCCAUCACGCCGCUCCGUAGAGGUGUGUAAUGAGGCAGGCGGCACUACAGCGGCCGUUGUCGCUGCUCUUGGCGGCGGAACGGCGGCGCUCGACGUCUCGACUCAUCAGCCGCUUCCUCUCUCGGUAUCGAUCUCCAUACACCGGAAAGUCGUCUUCUUCCCCCUUCUCUAUCCCCUUUUCCUUCCCCAGAAGCUUCUCGUCCUUCAUCGAGAGGCGCCUUCUCCUCCAUCCGCACACCGCCUGGCCUCCACUCCGUGCCGCUCUCUUCUCCUCCGCCUCCAUUCGUAGACGAGGCGGGGAGCAACCAGAUGAAUCUGAAGUCGAAGAAUGCAUGAUCGAGUGGGAAGAAGAGGAAGAGGCAGAGCCGGUGCUUGGAGAUGGAGGGGACGGUGGUGGAGUGGUGUUGGGCGGUGUCAGGUGGGGCGAACGGGUUCUGUCCGUCGCUCGCGAGGUGCUUGACCUUCAUUUUGGUGAGGAUUUGGUGAUGUACGCUUUAAAGGUGUCUCCACGAGGAUACGUCUACGUGCGGCUUGAUAAGCUCACUAACAAAUAUGGAUGUCCAAGCAUCGAGGAAAUUGAGAGUUUCAAUAGUCUCUAUAAGAAGCGACUGGAUGAGAUGCUAGAAUCUGGAGAGAUGCCGCUGGAUUUAGCUUUAGAGGUAUCAUCACCUGGAGCUGAACGGCUGUUAAAGGUUCCUGAGGAUCUGAAUCGGUUUAAAGAGAUGCCAGUGAGAGUGCAAUACCUUGAAGAAGAAGAAGCUGCCGAGUCGAAGCGCCACCAGCAAAAGGUUGGAGUAUUCUUGAUAGAGUUGAUCGAUGCGGAUGCCAGGCUAUGUGUUUGGAAGCUGGCAGAUGUAAGGGAGAACAGAGCUGAGAGUGGAAAAGGAAGGCCAUUGAGUCGAAAGCAGAGAGACUGGAGAUUGCAACUACCAUUUAAAGCAGUAAAGAAGGUGACACUGUACUCAGAUUAGAACACUAACCAGGUCUUUCAGAGUUGUUGGACCUGGCUAUCUUGUCACAUUCCCUGUGAAGAGAAACAAGUAAAGAACUGAUAGCCUGUUAAUUUGAGUGGCUUACUGCAUGGUGAGGAUCUCAACUUUUUAUGGUUUGAACAGUGAUAGUUAUCACAAUUUUCAGAAAGAUUUGCAACAUCUUGUGGGAUUAUGAGACUCAA